GAGAGGCUGGUGGUCUACCCUGAGAUCAGUAACUAGAAGUCUCAUCUCCCAGAAUGCUGCUUGGAUCUGGUUAAUGAAGGCUCCAGGAGUGAAGCAGUAGCAGUAGCUCCAAUGUCAGCAGUAAACUUCAGCACAGCAAACUGGCCAGUAUUCACGGAUGAUGACACUGGCAUCUGCCAGAUUUUCAGUAACAACAGAGACAUGAGCUGCCAGCAGAAGCUUCUCCCAGGUUCUCUUGAGAUUAAUGAUUCCUGCACCCCAAGAACCUCCUCAGUGCCUGACAAACUGGAAAAGACUGGUCACCCUAUAGAAGAUCUUUUGGGACAUCAAAAGAAGUACUAGGAUUCCUUUGCUCAAAUUCUCCUACAACUUCACCCUAGGCCUACUUUUCCCUUCAUGCGCCUCCAUCUUCUUCCACUGGCCCACCCAAGCACCAGUACCACACAGGGAGGUCUUGCCUUCUUCUGAGCCUACAUCAUGAGUUGGAUGUUCCUCAGAGACCUCCUGAGUGGAGUAAAUCAAUAUUCCACAGGGAUUGGACGGAUUUGGCUGGCUGUUGUGUUUAUCUUCCGCUUGCUGAUCUACAUGGUGGCAGCAGAGCAUGUGUGGAAAGAUGAGCAGAAAGAGUUUGAGUGCAAUACUAGACAGCCUGGUUGUGAAAAUGUAUGCUUUGACGACUUCUUCCCCAUCUCCCAAGUCAGACUUUGGGCAUUACAACUGAUCAUGGUCUCCACACCUUCCCUUCUGGUGGUUCUACAUGUAGCCUAUCGUGAGGGCAGAGAGAAGAGACACAGAAAGAAACUCUAUGUCAGCACAGGUACAAUGGAUGGGGGUCUGUGGUAUACCUACCUUAUCAGCCUCAUUGUUAAGACCGGUUUUGAAAUUGGCUUCCUGGUUUUAUUUUACAAGCUGUACAAUGGCUUUAGUGUUCCCUACCUUUUGAAGUGUGAUUUGAAGCCCUGUCCCAACACAGUGGACUGCUUCAUCUCCAAACCCACUGAGAAAACAAUCUUCAUCCUCUUCUUGGUCAUUACCUCAUGCUUGUGCAUUGUGUUGAAUAUGAUUGAACUGAGCUUUUUGGUUCUCAAGUGCUUUAUUAAAUGCUGUGUCCAAAAAUACUCUAAAAAAGUCAAGUCCCCAGGAUGCGAGUGCCACAACCUCAAAUUCAUUGAAUGUGGUGAGACAGGGGCCCCUCCCCUACUGCAGAGCCACCAUUCAGAUUCAGCCACAAGCACUGCCCGGACAGGUGAGACAAAGCUACUCUGUGACACACGAGAGGGUUAAACAAAGAAAACCUGCAUUCCUCCUAAGACCUUUUGCUGGGUUGGAAAUCAAAGAAUGUUAGCCUUAAUAUCAUUUGAGAGGAUUGUGAAAUUU